AUGUCUGGUAUCAAGCGCACACGACCAGAUGAUAUUCCGUCGGUACAAUCUCAAACAAAAUCCGAUACAGCUUCGCCGAAAAUUGAAGCAUCAGCAGUUUUCGUUAGUAGUAUCGAAGAAGAAUAUAAUUGCCCAAUAUGCUUUGAAUUAAUCAGCGAAGCAUAUGUUUCUCGAUGUGGACAUAGUUUCUGUAGUAAAUGCCUUCAACGAACAGUUGAAUCUCAUCGUCGAUGCCCCAAGUGUCAAUUAAGUCUUCAACCAUCAGAUAUUUUUCCUAAUUAUACAUUAAAUGCAAUAAUUGAAAAAUAUCGUCAACAACGUCCGUUACCUCAAACAUUUGCUAAAUAUGGUAGUAUUGUUGAUCAUAUUUCCGAUUUGGUAACUAAUGUCCAUACACUAAAUGCUCAAGAUCUCGAUCUACUGAUUUCUGUUUUUCGUCAACAUAAAGAAAAGCUUGAUUCGAAUAAUGAAUAUAUUCAUAAUCGUUUACUUGAAAUAUUUCUAACUCAUGUUCAUCAUGAACGAAGUGGAGCAAUUGAAUCAUUAUCAAAAGAAUUAAAUAUUGUUGAUGAAGAUUUAAAACAAAUGAACAAACGACAAAAGUGUUCAUCCUCCUCCUCCUCCUCCUCCUCAUCAUCAAAUACAAAUAUCAAUAUCACAACAGAUUCAAAUUUCAAACAGACUGCAGAUGAUAAUGUGUUAGUAUCAUCCAAAUCAACGAAUAAUAUUAAAGAAGAUUCCUCAGCGUCAUCGUUGUCAUCAUCAUCAUCAUCAUCAUCUAUUGAUACUACAACUGUUAAUGAUACUGUACCAAAUUGGAUACAAUCUGGAGGACAAGAUCUUCGAGCAACUCCGGACACGAAAACAGAUAAACGAGAAGCCGUACCCGAAAGUAUAGCAACAAUAACAACUGCUGCAAGAACUGUAUCAACUGGUGCUAUUGUUCCCGAGGAAACAAAUCAAUAUGAUGAUAUUGAAAAUCGAACAAAAAUAAUGAUGCGUUUUAUGGAUGAUUUAACAAAUAUUUAUUUUUCAACAAGAAAUUCAUUGAGAUUGACUGUUGACAAUGAUGGAUUAUGCAAUGGUGAUAGUGGCUUAGGUACAUUUCGUGAUAGUCUUGCAGCUGUAACAAAAUAUUCUCGUUGUAAACCUAUUGCUACCGUUAAUUUUGUCGGAGAAAAUUUUGCUCAAGCUAGUAUUGUCUCAAGCAUUGAAUUUGAUCGUGAUUAUGAACAUUUUGCUGUUGCUGGCGUUUCCAAGAAAAUUAAACUAUACGAAUAUCAAUCUGUAUUAGAUAAUUCUGUUGAAUUACAUUAUCCAACAAAAGAAGUUGCAUGUACAGCAAAAUUAAGUUGUAUUAGUUGGAAUCCAUACUUGAGAAAUUAUUUGGCAUCAAGUGAUUAUGAUGGAUUUGUUACAAUUUGGGAUAUGGCUACAGCACAAAAAGUUCGAACGUUUCAAGAACAUGAAAAACGCUCAUGGAGUGUUGACUUUUGUUCAUCGGAUCCUAAAUUACUUGCUUCUUGUUCUGAUGAUUGUCGAGUCAAAAUUUGGUCAAUGCAUAAUGACUAUUCCGUGACAACUAUUGAUGCUAAAUCAAACGUUUGUUGCGUUAAAUUUAAACCAGAUUCUCAAUAUAAUAUUGUUUUUGGCACAGCUGAUCAUAAUUUAUAUUAUUUUGAUUUACGUAAUACACGUGAACCUUGUAAUUUACUUAAAGGACAUAAAAAAGCUGUAUCAUAUGCUCGAUUUUUAUCGAAUAAUGAAAUUGUUUCGGCAUCAACAGAUAGUCAACUUCGAUUAUGGCGCGUUACCGAAGGACAAUGUUUAAGAACAUAUCGUGGACAUGUAAAUGAAAAAAAUUUUGUUGGCUUAGCAGUUUCAUCGGGUUACAUCGUGUGUGGUAGUGAAGCAAAUACAGUACAUUUGUAUCAACGUGAAAUUUCUCGACCUUUACUUAGCUAUAAAUUUGAUGAUCAAAAUAAUAAUGGAACAGUUAAAACAGUAACAAAUACAACGGAACGAGUUAAAAAAGAAGAAAGUGGAUCGGAAUUUGUUAGUGCUAUGUGUUGGAGUAAUCGUGAAAAUAUUUUACUGGCAGCAAAUAGUCAAGGAAUUGUUAAAGUAUUGGAAUUGGUUUAA